UGCAGCCAGCCUGGGGGGUGCGGGGAGAUGAGGAGCGUUCAGAUCUCAGCGGGAAUGGGAGGAGUUUGGGGGGUACAGGCAGAGCAGGUGGUGCCUCCAGGCUGCAUCCCCGCGGCAAAUGGGGGCGGGGGGCUCCCUCUGGGCUCUCACUCCGCAGGUGAGCGCGGAGCCCCCGUGCCGGGGCCGGGGCCGGGGGGUGGGACCAGCUCGGCGAUAAAACGGCGGCGCGGGCGGGACGGGACGGACGGACGGAGGGAGCCAGCGGCGGGGCCGGUGCCGGUGCGGAGGGUGCAGCGGAUCCCUCGAACCGCUUCUUCCCCCCUCGCUCCCCUCCCUGCGCCCCCCACGCCGGCAGCCGCGAUGCCCAACUUCUCCGGGAACUGGAAGAUGAAGAGCUCGGAAAACUUCGAGGAGCUGCUGAAGGCGCUGGGUGUGAACAUGAUGCUGCGGAAGAUCGCGGUGGCGGCGGCAGCGAAGCCGGCGGUGGAGAUCCGGCAGGACGGGGAGAGCUUCUACAUCCGCACCUCGACCCCCGUGCGCACCACCGAGAUCCGCUUCAGGGUGGGCGAGGAGUUCGAGGAGCAGACGGUGGAUGGGCGGCCCUGCAAGAGCUUGGCCAGGUGGGAGAGCGAGAACAAGAUGGUGUGCGAGCAGCGGCUGCUCAAGGGCGACGGGCCCAAGACGGGCUGGUCCCGGGAGAUGACCAACGACGGGGAGCUCAUCCUGACCAUGACGGCCGACGAUGUUGUCUGCACCAGGGUCUACAUCCGGGAGUGACCCCCCCCGCUCAGCUGACACCCCCCACCCCCCGUGUCCCCCCUCCCCCACCCC